AUGAAAUUGCAUCGUCUCCCCGCGUACGCAGCAGCAGCAGCAGCAGCACUCCAGCUCGCAGGCGCAGGCGCAAGCGCAACGACAACGACAACGACAACAUCCACCUUUGAAGCCCACGAUUUCAACGUCUCGGCAGCGCUUGAGAAGCUCGGCGUCGAUAUCUCGCGGCUGCCAGAGCCAGAGGCUGGGUUUAUCGUGCGCGAGGAGGGAGCGCGGUGCGAGUAUGCGUGUAAAGCCCUGACACUACUUUUCAACAACAACAACAACGACAACCAGAUCCUAUCUAGAAACACAUCCGCAUACGCAGAAUUCACAGCAGCAUACUGGGCCGCACAGCAAGGCGCACUUCAACCCCUCUGCGUAUUCAAGCCCAAGCGCACAGGAGACGUAUCUACACUUGUUCUCCUUUCGCGCUUAUACCAAUGUCCGUUUGCAGUCAAGAGCGGAGGCCACGCCGCUUUGGCGGGCGCGUCGAGCAUCGACGGCGGGAUUACGGUUUCGCUGGAGCAUUUUCAACAAGUUGUUGUUUCGGGCGAUAGGAAGACGGUGGAGGUGGGGCCGGGGUUGCGCUGGGUAGAUGUGUAUAUGGCGGUUGAGAAGCAUGGGCUGAGCGUUGCGGGGGGAAGGAUGGCGCCUGUAGGAAUAUCGGGACUUGUGCUUGGAGGUGGCAUUUCGCAUUUCGCGAGCAAGCGUGGCUGGGCUUGCGAUAAUGUGGCGGCGUUCGAGCUGGUUACUGCGUCGGGCGUUGUUGUCAAUGUGAGCGACUCAUCGUAUCCUGAUUUGUAUUGGGCGUUGAGAGGCGGAGGCAACAACUUUGGCGUCGUGACAAAGUUCACGCUCGAUGCGUUCCCGUUGGGCGAUAUGUGGGGAGGCAUGAGGGUCUACUUGGAAGACGCUUUUCCCGCUGUGCUAGAUGCCAUUGCCGAGUUUACCGUGGCGGGGUCAGUUGAAGAUCAAGAUGCUGCGGAAAUCAUUACAUUCGCGAGCGCCCCAGGUGUCGGGAAAACGGUAUUUGCAAACCUACACUACUCGAAACCAGUUGCCGACGCCCCGGUCUUUGCCAGCUGGAACAACAUAACCGCGAUCCACGACACCACGGGUCUUGGUCGCAUGUCUGGAAUGGCGAAUCUGCUCAACCAAGGAGCGCCUGCAUCGGGCGGCUACGAAACGUGGUGGGGCAUCAGCUUGAAAAUGGAUAGACCGUUUCUCCAGUUCAUCGUCGACACCUUUUAUACCCAAGAAGCCGCCAUCGCCGACGUGGAAAAAAUCCUUCUCAUCAUGGCCAUCCAGCCCAUUACCGAAAGCGCACUCGAUGCAAUGCAAAAAAGGGGCGGAAAUGCCCUCGGUCUCGAUCCCGCGAAUGGUCCAUAUUUCGUCUUGAACUUCAACGCUGCAUGGACAAAAGCCGAAGACGAACCAAAGUUUCACACGGUGAUUGCCAACACAAUCAAGUUGAUCAAAGUUGAAGCCAAGAAAAGAAAUCUCGACAACGACUUUGUGUAUUUGAACUAUGCGUCCGAGUUCCAGGACCCGAUUGGAAGCUAUGGGAAGAAGAAUAAAGAGAGACUGAUACAGGUCUCGACAAAGUAUGAUCCGAGACAGGUGUUCCAGUAUCUGCAGCCGGGCGGGUUCAAGCUGGUCAAGGGGGCGCUGAAUACGGAGAUACCGAAUGUGUCGCUGUCGAGGGGUGGCGAGCUUUGA